CCAGAUCUGACCAGAGCUCCGGGCCCCCCUCCCCUGCCCCUUCCCCGGAGCCUCCGGGUGUACCCCGGAGCCCGGGAGCCCAGUGCGGCCCAGCCCGCCCCUCGAGCGCCCCGCCAUGAGUGAGAACCUGCUCUGCUCUAGCAGGGCCACUGUGAUGGUUUACGAUGACGUCAACAAAAAGUGGUUACCGGCUGGCACGGGGCCCCAGGCCUUAAGCAGAGUCCAAAUCUACCACAAUCCCAGCACCAAUGCCUUCCGCGUGGUGGGCCGAAAGAUGCAACCGGACCAACAGGUUGUUAUUAACUGUGCCAUCGUCCGAGGUGUCAAGUAUAACCGGGCCACGCCCAAUUUCCACCAGUGGCGGGAUGCCCGCCAGGUCUGGGGCCUCAACUUUGGCAGCAAAGAAGAUGCUGCUCUGUUUGCAGCAGGGAUGGCUGAUGCCCUGGAGGCCUUAGAAGGAGGUGGGCCACCACCCCCUCCCCCUGCAUCCUGGUCUGUCCAAAAUGGACCCUCACCAGAAGAGAUAGAGCAGCAGAGGAGGCAACAGCUAGAACACCAGGAGCAGGUGGAAAGAGACCGCCGGGUCCCCAAUGCAGGAGCCCCAGCUGGGGGGCCCCCACCCCCUCCAGGACCCCCUCCUCCCCCUGGCCCACCCCCACCCCCUGGGCUGCCCCCAUCAGGAGCGGGGCCUCCAGCCCUAGGUGGGGCGGGAGGCCCACCCCCAGCACCCCCACUGCCGUCUGCCCAAGGCCCCAGUGGGGGAGGCGGGGGUGCCCCAGGCCUGGCUGCGGCCCUCGCGGGAGCCAAACUCAGGAAGGUCGGCAAGGAUGAGUCCUCCGGGCCCCCUCCCACCCCAAAAGCUGAGAGCACUCGGAGCACCGGGGGAGGGCUAAUGGAAGAAAUGAGCGCCAUGCUGGCCCGGAGGAGGAAAGCAACUUUGAUUGGGGAGAAGCCCCCAGCCAAGGACGAACCUGCCAAUCAGGAAGAAGCUGAAACAAGAAUUCCCACACAGAAUGAGCCUGUUCGGAGACCAUGGGAAAAGAAUAGCACAACUCUACCUAGGACGAAGUCUUCCACAUCAGCAAUGAGCUGUGAGGCCCCUACCUCGACUCCCAGUACCCAUGAGGAGUCUGACUUAGACAGGAUCAAGCAGGAACUGCUGGAAGAGGUGCGGAAGGAGCUUCAGAAAGUGAAAGAGGAGAUAAUAGAAGCUUUUGUCCAGGAGCUCCGGAAGCGGGGCUCCCCGUGACCAGAGGCACCUGGGAAGGAAACGAGCCCUCUCCCACUCCCUCCUGCCUUCAGCUUUGGGAUGAGCUAUAGAAGCCUCCUCCACACCAUGGCCUUCGGCCCCCUU